GCACCAAAUAGUUGUUUGCAAAUCACCAAAAAAAACACGUGAAGAAGAAGAGCUGCGGGUUUUAGCAGUAGAAGAAGAAGUAAGAGACGCAUUUUCUUCCCACGUGAGACUUUCGACAUGUCGCCUCCAGGAGGGAAGAUAAACAGGCCGAAAACUGAGCUGGGUAAGAAUCUUUUCAAGAGGCGCCGAGUUCUGUCCCGACAGAAAAGGAAGAAGCAUCAGAUAGUGGGAGCUGUGGUCGAUCAGGGUCUCAUCACCAUCCAUCACUUGAAGAAACGAGCGUCGAGUCCCAGAGCAAACAUCACUCUGUCUGGAAAGAAGAAACGAAAGCUGCUCAAGCAGCUGCAGCGCAUGCAGCAGGAGAAGGCCAGUAUGGAAGUCCAGACGACAGCUCCAGCACCAAAGAAACAGAAGUCAUCAUCAACUUCCACCAAGAAGAAGCAAAAAGCAGCUGGACCACAGGAGGACGUGGAGAUGACGGACGCCUGAAGCAGCAGGAACGUCAGUGGCGUCGACGACGGACUGUUAAUGAGACGCGUCUGUGAUACGAGGGCGCGAGCAACGGAACGGAAAAGAACUUUUCAGAACUUGUGCCCAGAGAAGUGAACAAAAAAAUCAUUGUUCAGGUGAAAGAAAAGCUCAGAAAGGAGGGGUUCUGAGAGCAAGUGAAGAUCCAGAGACUGUUUUUAGAUUUCUGAGUCAACACACAAUAGUAAUAAACGGAUCAGAAUCAUUAAA